AUGGCUCAACCAAGACCCCUUAGAAGAGCAUCAACAUUUCCUAUCACCCAGACGGCUGUGCGGAUCCAUGGGCCAGGCCAAAACCCGAAGGUGGACAUUGAUGCGAGCUUGCCUGUGCUAGGCGAAUACGACAUUUUAGUCAAGAACCUGUACUGCGGCAUUAACUUUGUAGACCUGUACUACAUUAAGGGCUCGAGACCAAUUAAAAAGUACCCAUUCACGCUGGGCCGCGAGGCUGCCGGAACAGUUAUCAAGACCGGAGCCAAGGUCAAUAAGUUUGGUGUGGGCGAUAGGGUCGUAUACAUUGCAGAUGGAGCUUAUGCACAACACACUGCAGUCGACGAGCGUGGGCGGGUUGCGCGAAUUGUGGACUUUGUGAGCCCGAAGGAAGCUGCGGCGUCGCUACUGCAGGGCCUGACAGCCAUUACGCUUGUACGUGAAGCAUACGUGGUCAAGCCCGGUGACUGGGUUCUUGUGCACGCAGCAGCCGGUGGCACGGGCUCGCUGGUGGUCCAGAUGGCAGCCAAGGCAGGGGCGCGGGUAAUUGGAGUGACAAGCGUGGAGGCCAAGGCUGCCACGGCCCUGGAAAAUGGGGCCGAGGCGGUUGUGUGCUACAAGACGGAGGACAUUGCGACACGGGUACGGGAGCUAACUGGUGGCCGUGGCGUGGACGCAGUGUUUGAUAGCGUGGGGGAUGCAUCGUACGGAUCGUCGAUGGAGUCACUGGCCAAGCGCGGGACGUUUGUAUCGUAUGGCGACUCAUCCGGAGCCAUUGCACCAGUGGAGAUUGCGGCGCUGGGCGCUAAAAGCGUUAAGAUUGUACGACACUCGCUAGGCAACUACGUGGACUCACCGGAAGACUGGGCCAAGUUUACGGAAGAGUAUUGGGCCAUGCUGAAGCACGGGGACUUGAGAGUGCGGGUGACCAAGGAGUAUGCGCUGGAGGAGGUGCCUCAAGCGCUGAAGGAUUUGGAGAGCGGAACUACGACAGGUAAGUUGAUUGUCAAGGUUCAAUAA